CCAACAUGGAGUGAAGAAGAAGAAGAAGAAGAAGAGAGAGAGAGAGAGAGACACAGACAGACUCAGCUGCUUCAGGUCAGAUCAUCAACACUCAGGUCUCGGUUGUCUCAAAUGGACGCAGUGAUCCGCCGGUGCCCUUUCCUGACCACCGUGCCCAGUGUCUUCCUGCAGCUGGCUGGGAAGUCAUCGCUGGUGAACUAUGCCCAAAAGUGUCCCGUGAUGAUGGACCUGGCGUCCAGAGCUCUGUCCUCUUCGGCCUCGGCGUCCAAACCCACUUCAACAGAUGACGAUCAGAAGCAUGAAGCGUUGCUCCCAGGUGAGACUACGCCACCUGCUGGCCAGGCUGUGGGCUCUAAAUGCCCUUUCCUGGCUGCAGAGAUGGAGCAGAAAAGCAACAGAGUCGUGAGGGAGGCGAGGAUCGAGCUGCAGGAGGACGUCCAGCAGAUGCACUUCUUCUGCACAGGGAAAAUAAACAUGGAUUUAUCGGUUGUGGAUCUCAUCGAGGCAGACCAGUCCAACACCGAGUCACCGAAAAGUUUCAUUAAACCAGUAUCUCACCUGUUGAAGGAUAAUCUGCCUGAAGCCGUCACAUUCCAGUAUGACAGGUUUUUUGAAAAGAAGAUUGAAGGCAAGAAGACGGAUCACACGUACAGGGUUUUCAAGACGGUGAACAGACGCGCCUCCUCAUUCCCGAUGGCAGACGACUACUCGGAGUCUCUUCAUGCAAAGAGAGACGUGUCUGUGUGGUGCAGCAACGACUACCUCGGCAUGAGCCGUCACCCCACAGUCACCCGGGCUAUUGUUGAGACUGUUCAGAAGCACGGUGCUGGAGCAGGAGGCACAAGGAACAUUUCAGGGAACAGUAAAUUCCACGUGGAGCUGGAACAGGAGCUGGCUGACCUGCACCACAAGGACGCCGCCCUGCUGUUCACCUCCUGCUUUGUAGCCAAUGACUCCACAUUGUUUACUCUGGCAAAAAUGCUUCCAGGCUGUGAAAUCUACUCUGACGCAGGCAACCAUGCCUCAAUGAUCCAGGGGAUAAGAAACAGCGGGGUCAAGAAGUGUGUGUUCCGUCACAAUGACGUCAGCCACUUGCAGGAGCUGCUCGAGAAGUCUGAUGACUCAACUCCGAAGAUUGUUGCCUUUGAGACGGUGCACUCGAUGGACGGGGCUGUGUGCCCACUUGAAGAAAUGUGUGACAUUGCCCAUAAGUACGGAGCUCUGACCUUCGUGGAUGAAGUUCACGCCGUGGGCUUGUAUGGGCCGAGAGGAGGAGGGAUCGGGGACAGAGACAGAGUCAUGCACAAGAUGGACAUCAUCUCCGGGACCCUCGGCAAAGCAUUCGGCUGCGUCGGGGGUUACAUCGCGAGCACCAGCGCCCUGGUGGACGCGGUCCGCUCCUACGCUGCUGGAUUCAUCUUCACCACUUCCCUGCCUCCCAUGCUGCUCGCAGGGGCGAAGGAAUCCAUCAAGAUCCUGAAAAGCGAAGAAGGCCAGGUGCUCAGGAGGAAACACCAGAGGAGCGUCAAGCUGCUCCGACAGAUGCUGAUGGACUCGGGCCUUCCGGUCGUCCACUGUCCAAGCCACAUCAUCCCUGUCCGGGUUGCAGAUGCAGAGAAGAACAAUGAGAUCUGUGACAUCAUGAUGUCUCGCAACAACAUCUACGUCCAGGCAAUCAACUACCCCACCGUGGCUAAAGGAGAGGAGCUGCUCCGCAUCGCCCCCACCCCCCACCACACCCCACAGAUGAUGGACCACUUUGUUGAGCAGCUGGUGAAGACGUGGACCGAGGUGGGAAUGGAGCUGAGGCCGCACCCCUCAGCCGAGUGUAACUUCUGCCAGCAGCCUCUUCACUUCGAGCUGAUGAGCGAGAGGGAGAGGUCCUACUUCACAGGCCUCAGUCACAUGAUAUCAGCUGUGGCCUGAUGUAAACUCUAAAUCCUAAUUCUAUUCAACCUAUUUAUUUUUAUUUAAAUUAAAUACAUCACCACAUAUAUAUAAUGUUCUGUUACCAAUAAAAAUUGCAGCUAAAGUUUUAA